AUGUUUAAAGAUGACAUUCGGUUCAAAAGUGGGUCAUUUAUUAGUCAUUUAACUGAAAGUUAUUCGAAUAAAAAAGUUCAGUGGAAAGUUGCGGCGAGCCAUCAUCGACAAAAUUUGAUUGUUGCAUUUGUGGAAUGUCUGAAAAAUGUAAAUAUGGAUUCGUCGAGUGGAAUACUAGAAUGUGUUUGCUUUUUUCCUUUUAAUUUGUAUUGUCAAACAUGGUUUUCAGUUCGUAGACAUAGGGUGAUCUUGCAUUCAUGGAAAUAUAAUGAAGAAGUUUACUAUAUACUCGAUCCAUUUCGUAAUAGAAAUAAAGUUGAUGAAAGGCGUUUGUCAUCAAAAAUUGGUGAAGUUAACAUUAAAAGUGGUCGAAAUGAUUCGAAGCUGUUGAAUAUCCUCGACUAUUUCGUGUUGGGUGCAAUUUGUGCUAUAUGCGGUCAAUCAGUUUGUUUCGAUGAGCUAUGCAGUGUAUUCUAUUAUAAAACAUUUUGUGCGACAUGUGUUAUGCGAGAACAAAUGCAUUUUCCUAAGGAGAUUAUCGAGGUAUAA